UUUUCACCAAUCUUUGCAGGUAAGGCAUGGCACCAAAAUAAAAUUAAUGAUAAUAAUAAUAAUAAUAAUAAGAGACAGGGAGCCAACAACUAUGAGAAGAUUACUAGUAUAAGAUUUAAUAUCAUAUUUGUUCUAGUACGAUAUCAUAUUAGUAUGGUGACUAGAAUAUUAAUUUGUAGAUUUAACGUAGCCUGAAGUCUGAAGCGAGAGCAUAUUGGUGAGGGAAGUUUGGUUUUGGGUGAGCUGUGCGUCUUGCUGCACUUGCUCUCAAUAUUAUACAAACUUCCCUCACAUGGUCCCCUGAAUAUCGUAAAUCUCAGUUAUUGUUAGUCUCCCCCACCCCUCCCUCAAUUGCCCCUCUUUCACAGUUGUUUUAGUAGAAAGUACAGAGAUGUGGGAUCGCUGUGAGAUGACAUGAUGAGCUCCUCCUCCUCCUCAUCCUCUGCCUCCUGCAAAAGCUUUGAUCUCCAUUUAUGGUGGAGAGUUAUUGCACUUGUUCUUCUUCUUCUAGAAAUUCAAUUUUCUGCUGGGCUCAACGUAGAUGGAGUUUUAUUGCUAUCCUUGAAGUACAGCAUUCUCAAGGACCCCCUUGGCGUGCUACAGAGUUGGGACUUCCACAAUGAGACACCUUGCUCCUGGAAAGGAGUCACCUGUGGUGCACCUGGCUCACCUGAGGCUAACCGAGUCACCAACCUCUCUCUUCCAAACUCUCAGCUUCUUGGUUCUCUCCCUGCUAAUCUUGGUAUGAUCCCCCACCUAACAAGUCUCGACCUUUCCAACAAUUCAAUUAACGGCUCUCUUCCUUUGUAUCUAUUCCGUGCUUCCCAGCUUAGAGUUCUUGAUUUUUCUAAUAACCUGAUUUCUGGUCCGCUGCCGGAGAAUAUUGGAGGUCUAAAGAGUCUCCAGCUUCUUAAUCUCUCUGAAAAUGCUUUGGCGGGUAAUAUACCGGAAAAAUUGUCUGCUCUCUCUAAUUUAACCGCGAUUUCUUUGAAAAAUAACUACUUUUACGGCACACUUCCUGGUGGUUUUGAAUCAGUCCAGUUUCUAGAUCUGUCCUUUAACCUUGUGAAUGGAUCACUGCCCUCAAAUUUUGGAGGCAGUGGCUUUCGUUAUCUCAACCUGUCGUUUAACAGGUUUUCUGGAGAAAUCCCACCAGAAUUUGGUGACAAUUUCCCCUCAAAUGCAACUGUUGAUCUUUCUUUCAAUAACUUUACGGGUGAAAUUCCAGAUUCUAGUGUUUUCUUAAGCCAAGAUGUGAAGUCAUUUUCUGGGAAUCCUGAAUUAUGCGGUCUACCACUGAAAAAUUUGUGUCCUAUUCCUUCUAGCAUUGACACCCAGCCAAAUACCUCUGCUCCAACAUCCCCGCCAGCAAUUGCAGCAAUUCCCAAGACCAUUGACUCCAGCCCUGCGGCACUGUCCCCCGGUGGAGCUGCUGCACCAAGUCCGCAAAGGGGUGGUGGGAUGAGAAUCACCACUAUUGUGGGUAUCGUCGUGGGUGACAUCGCGGGAAUUGGGAUUCUUGCGUCGGUUUUCAUCUACCUGUAUCAGUUAAAGAAAAGGAAAAGCAUCAAAAGCAGCAUAAAGAAAGAGGCCGAGAGUGCCAAGGACUUUGACUGGGCAUCAUCGUCAUCGUCAUCGGCAUCCUCGGGAGAGUACAAUUGGUUAAGGGCGUGGACUUGCUUGAGAAAGCAAAGACAAGAAGAAGACGGUGAAGAAACAUCACAAGCCACCAAUUCAGAAAGUGAGGAUCAAGAAGAUUUGCAAGGGGGUCAGGAAAAUAAUGCCAGUUUGCAACAGGAACAGAAAGAUGGGGCACUUGUUACCGUUGAUGGGGAGAAGGAACUCGAGCUAGAGACGUUGCUUAAGGCCUCUGCUUACAUUUUGGGUGCCACGGGGUCCAGUAUCAUGUACAAGGCCGUUCUUGAAGACGGGACUACUCUAGCCGUUCGAAGAAUUGGCGAGAGUGGCAUGGAAAGGUUCAGAGACUUUGAGAACCAGAUCAGAGUAAUUGCCAAGUUGGUGCAUCCAAAUUUGGUGAAAAUUCGUGGGUUCUAUUGGGGCGCUGAUGAGAAAUUGAUCAUCUACGAUUUUGUUCCCAACGGGAGUCUUGCCAAUGCACGUCACAGGAAAGCCGGCUCUUCUCCUUGUCCUAUGCCCUGGGAGAUGCGGCUCAAGAUAGCUAAAGGAGUGGCUCGUGGGCUCUGUUACAUCCACGACAAGAAACAUGUGCAUGGGAACUUGAAGCCCAACAACAUUCUCUUGGGUGUCGAUAUGGAACCGAAGAUUGGUGAUUUUGGGCUUGAAAGACUGGUCGCUGGGGAUAACAGCUCCAAGGCAGGUGGAUCUUCGCGCAUCUUUGGUAGCAAGAGGUCAACAGCUUCACGAGAUAGCUUCCAAGACCUUACAUUUGGGCCUACUCCAAGCCCGAGCCCUAGUACAUUGGGCAUUUCGCCUUAUCACGCACCUGAGUCUCUCCGUAGCAUCAAACCCAACCCCAAGUGGGAUGUUUUCGCAUUUGGUGUGGUUUUACUUGAACUGUUGACAGCGAAAAUCGUUGUUUCUGAUGAAACAGGCCCAGGCCCAGGCCCGAUAACCGGGGCAACUGCACUAGAUGAUGAAGAGAAGAGUAAGGUACUGAAGAUGGCUGAUGUGGCAAUUCGAGCUGACCUGGAAGGCAAGGAGGAAGCUUUGUUGGCCCUUCUGAAAGUAGGUUACGGUUGUAUCUCUACUGUUCCGCAGAAGAGACCAACCAUGAAAGAAGUUCUUCAAGCACUUGACAAGUUUCCUUGUUCAAGUUCUUCCUCGUAUUAUUAUGGGCACUAGUCCAAUCAUAAAUUGGCCCAAUUAGAGAGGACUGUGUAUGUAGAUUAUUGACUGGUAGGUGGAGGUGGUUUUCUUAGGGAGUGCUGUUGAUUGUGAAGAUUGGUGAUAGGAAUUUGUCAUGUCCAAAGCCACACUCAGAUAUUGUUGUCUUCUAACAUCAAGUAACUUUUGCUAAUUUUGGACUCAACCCAUGUUUCUCCCUAUGAUAUUCAUUUUCUUUUU